CCUUCCAAAUUUAUCGGAAGAGAAAUAGAAGCAUUCAUAUUCCAACUCUAACUCCAAGAGAAGUAUAAAAUUGACCUAGUUACUGAUCUGCUCUUCGUUCUCUUUGUGUUUUGUUUCCCUGUCUUUUUCAGCUUCCUUGGCUCUCGCUCUAUAGCAAAGAUGAGAUCUCCCCUAAGAGGACGUGGAAGAGGUGAAGGAAGUGCCAUGAGAGGUGGUGGAAGAGGUCCCAGAGGAAGAGGUCCGGGAGGAAGAGUGCCCGGAGGAAGAGGCCCUAGAAGUGAGCCCGGAGGAAUGAAGGGAGGAAACAAAGUGAUAGUGACUCCUCACAGACAUGAAGGAGUGUUCACUGGUAAGGGUAAAGAUGAAGUUAUUCUCACUAAGAACUUGGUUCCUGGUGAAUCGGUUUACAAUGAGAAGAGAAUCUCUGUGCAGAACGAAGAUGGAACUAAGGUUGAAUACAGAGUUUGGAACCCUUUCUGUUCUAAGCUAGCUGCCGCAAUUUUUGGUGGUCUUGAUGACAUUUGGAUCAAACCUGGCGCUAAAGUUCUUUACCUUGGUGCUGCCUCUGGAACCUCUGUAUCUCAUGUCUCUGAUAUUGUUGGACCUGAGGGGUGUGUUUAUGCCGUUGAGUUUUCUCCAAGAAGUGGAAGAGAUUUGGUGAACAUGGCAAAGAAGAGACGUAAUGUGGUUCCAAUCAUUGAAGAUGCUAGACAUCCUGCUAAAUACAGAAUGCUUGUGAGCAUGGUUGAUGUCAUAUUCGCUGAUGUUGCUCAACCAUAUCAGGCGAAUUGUAUAGACGGAACAAUGCCAGCAGAAACGGUCUUUUCAAACGAAGUGAAGAAGCUACAAGCGGACGAGUUGAAACCAGCAGAGCAGAUUACUCUUGAGCCUUAUGAGCGUGACCAUGCUUGUGUUGUUGGUGGAUAUCGCGUGCCUAGAAAGCAGAAAACUGCUACUGCUUCUUAAUUAGCCAAUCAGUCUUUUUACUAAUUAGUUUUUGAAUUACAUAUGAUCUCGACACGUUUUGUUAGGAAUUUAAAUUUGCAUUUUUGAGUUGGAUUUCAUUUAUAUGCAUUUUUGAGUUGGAUUUCAUUUAUAUUUUCUCAUGGUUUUGGUUCUAAUUAAAAUGGAAUUUACUCUGAAGUGAUAAUUUGAUUUAUUUAUUUACAUGAUUGACCUAUAGAAUGAGGCAUUUUCUUCUUCUUGAUUAUCUAUUGUUUUACUUAAAAAUAUAGUCACACUUGAAAAGAAGAAAUACACGUACAUACGGCCUCUGUAUUUCUAGAGACAGUGCUGCUUCUAAACCACUGUAUCUCAUGUCUAAUCUUGUUGGUCCUGUAACUGAAGCCUUUUACUAAUCUACGGUGUUAUCCUUCUGCUAAUUAGUUCUUAGAUUCUUCACCUUCUGACUACUGUGACUCUACCAUCUUUGCUUUAU